GUCAUGUUCCUCUACCAGCUCCUCAGCUUCUUCUUCGCGACCUCCAAGAAGGAGGAGGACCCCGCCUCCGGGUACGACCUGUCCCUGUACAAGAGGGGCGAUCUCCUGGAGGUACCCCGGACCCUCUUCACACACUUUGGCAUCUAUCUGGGCGACGGCCAGGUCGCCCACCUCAUCCCGGACAUUCUACCGGUUCUGACCCGCAACAAGGCGGCCGUGGCCGAGAUGGUGACCAACAACCGGUUGCUUCUGGGCGUGGUGACCAAGGUGGCCAGCGUCCGGGUGGACUCGCUGCGGGACUUUGCGUACGGAUCCCGGGUGCUGGUGAACCGAAUGGACGCCGUGUGCAAGCAGCCGCCGCUGGACGCAGACGAGGUGGCCAGGAGAGCCGAGAAGCUGCUGGGCGCGGUGGCCUACAGCCUGCUGUGGUACAACUGUGAGCACUACGUCAUGUACUGCAGAUAUGGCAUGGCCAUCAGCUACCAGACGUACCAGUUCUGCACGACGGUGCGGAAGAUCGUGUGCAGCCGCACCAGCUCGUACGUUACGGCCUCGUGCGGCGCGGCCGUCCUGCUUUGCCUCGGCUGCGCCACGCCCGCAACCCUUUUGGGAACAAUGUUGCUGUCCUUCACCAUCUGGAUGGCAGCGUAGAACAGGCCUCCGCAAAAACUCUCAUUGUUGUUUUGCGAACCCAACAUUUGUUUUUAGUUAACAACAUCUAAGAAAGUGUGAAGUUUUUCAAUGUAAACAUGUAUGUUAACAUCAAAUACCAUUUAGAAUCUUCAGCGAACCUAAUGUGCGUUUUGUCAAAUCUGAAGACAAGUCAGUCUUUGACAAACCUCGCAUCCAUAUUUUCGGAAACAUCAAAGACAAUUUCGAGAAAACCUACUUCAAGUUUUUGUCGACGCCGAAUAGAAUUUAGUCUACAUUUAACGUAACGUAUGUGUGUUAGUAAAUAUCCAAGACAUAAAUACACACACAUAAAAAAAGACUCAUGAAUAUUAUAAGUCUUUUUACAAACAGCAAAGAAGAUUUUCAGCUCUAAUUUUGUACGUGAUUCCUCAUCACUGACACCAGCUUUUCCUUUCCCCUUCCCCACAUUCAUCUCAUUUGACAGAUUCAUUCCAAAUACACGAUAAAACCACGUUUUAAGGGCCGUCCUAAAAUAAGUGCUUUUGUUAUUGUCGAUUUAGUUUGUGUUCUGUUAACAUCAAGUGAAAUUUUUUUUUCUUCCAAAAAGUCAAUUCCCUCGCAACCCAGAUGUACGUAUGACUCCUCUGUUCCUUGAUUCGUCAUGUAUCAUGAUUUGAGUACAUUUACUAUAUAUUAUCGACAUAUUUUUUUUGUUUUGUAUUGUUUAUUUUAUUAUUAUUAUGUAUUAUUUUUUCAUUGUAUUCAAAUGUUAUGAUUGAUUCGAUUUUGAUGUAUUCAUAUAUUAAUACAUAUAUAUGUAGAGUACACAUUACUUAUAAAUAUUCAAAUAUUGUGAUACAUAAGUUAAAAUAAAAAUAUAUCUUAUUUGGGCAUCAAUAUUUUUAAGUAAGAUGUAUGUAUAUUUUAUUUUACGGAAAUAUAAAAAAUAAGCUAUAUGCAGAAUAUCUUUCAUUUUUUAUAUACAACAUAGUUUCACUUUUCCAAAUGGGCCUAAUGUCGGUGUUAUAACGCCGCCUGUAGUUUUAUUUGUAAAUUGUUUUAUAUUUGCCGCAAAUGCUCAUUUUAAAAAUGUUUUUAUUAGUUUUUUUUUUUUUUUUUUUUUUUAAUGUUACAAAUUGCCAAAAUAUAAAGGCAAGGGUUAUAGUACCACCUGCUGGUUCGGCGUGUUCCUGACAGCCUAAAAUAGCCUUUUAAUGCAAAAUAAAGAAAUCAAUAAAAGAUGUAUUUUUCAGAGGUCACUAUAAAGACAAUUCACGUUCUCGUGAGAAAAAUCUUGUCGUCCCAUGGUACCGUUUCUAUUUAUGACGUCAUGCAAGUGAUUCUGUGUCCAUUAAAAAUGCAUUUCUACCUG